UGAGACGAAGAUGAUAAAGAAAGGAUAAAGAAGUGAGAUAUCAGUGACGGAGGGACAUUGGUGUCCGAUAACGCAAUCCCUCUUCUCUUUCUCCCACUCCCGAAUCCAUGGUACCUUGCUCCGUCACAGCCCCUUCCUCGCCGCUCGCCGCACUAAUCCCACGCCACACCCUCUUCUCCCGCCCUUCCCCUCUCCCCCUCCUCCUCCGCCACCGCCCUCCCCCCAUCUCCGCCCUCUCCAAUGGCUCCUCCGCCCACUUCAACCAACAACUCUCCCGCCCCACCGACCCCCCACCGCCGCGAACCCUCUUCCCCGGCGGCUACAAGAGGCCCGAGCUCAAGCUCCCCACUCUCGUCCUUCAAUUGGACCCCAACGAAGUUCUCUCUGCCGACAACCACGCCUUGGCGCUUAUCGACAAAGCAGUGUCCAAAUGGGUCGGAAUCGUGAUUCUCGCUAGCAACGAUGCAAGCGGCGGUAAGCUCUACGAAGCUGCGUGCUCCUUGAAAUCCCUGCUCCAAGAGCGCGCCUAUUUGGUAGUCGCCGAGCGCGUCGACAUCGCCGCCGCCGCUGCCGCCGGCGGAGUUUUGCUCUCCGACCAAGGUCUUCCUACUGUUGUUGCUAGAAAUACGAUGCUUGAUUCGAAGUCUGAGCUGGUGGUUCUUCCCUUGGUUGCUAGGAUUGUUCACACCGUGGAUGCUGCGGUGAGUGCUUCUAAAUCCGAAGGGGCUGAUUUUCUUGUAUAUGGUGGUGCUGAUCUGAAGCGUGUUGGUUCCGAAGUUGGUUCUGUGUACGAGAGCGUGAAGAUACCUAUUUUUGUCUCGUGGGGGAAAAAUGCUAUGUCUUAUGCUGAUGCUUCGGGUUUGCUUGCUUCUGGUGCUAGUGGUUUUGUUACUAGUUUGGAGGGUUUUGGUUUGUUUGGUGAUGAGUUCUUGCACAAAGUUUUUGGCACUGUGUAUGCGAGUGAGGGUGGUGGGAAUGCCGGUGAGGGUGAGGAUAAAUUGAAUGUGGAUAAUGGUUUUCACAGUGAGACGGAGGUCGUGGCAGGGUUUGUGAAACUGGAGGAUAGGGAGAAACAGUUGAUAGAAACAGAGAGAUUGGUGUUGAAUGAAGCUAUUGAAGUUAUCAAGAAGGCUGCACCUCUGAUGGAGGAGGUUUCACUUCUUAAUGAUGCAGUUUCUCAAAUUGAUGAGCCGUUCUUACUGGUUAUAGUGGGGGAAUUCAACUCUGGUAAAUCUACUGUGAUAAAUGCACUUCUUGGAGAAAGAUAUCUGAAAGAGGGAGUUGUCCCAACAACUAAUGAGAUCACAUUUUUACGAUAUACUGACUUAGAUAUUGAACAACAACGAUGUGAAAGGCAUCCAGAUGGUCAAUAUAUUUGCUACCUUCCUGCUCCAAUUCUGAAAGAAAUGACCAUUGUUGAUACACCUGGAACUAAUGUGAUUCUUCAGAGGCAGCAGCGUCUUACAGAGGAAUUUGUACCCCGUGCAGAUUUACUUCUUUUUGUAAUUUCUGCUGAUCGCCCUUUAACUGGAAGUGAGAUUGCUUUUCUUCGUUAUUCUCAGCAAUGGAAGAAGAAAGCAGUCUUUGUCUUGAAUAAAGCUGACAUAUAUCAGAAUAAUCAUGAGCUUGAGGAAGCAAUGUCCUUCAUUAAGGACAAUAUACAGAGAUUGCUGAAUACUGAAGAUGUCAUAUUGUAUCCUGUAUCUGCUCGGUCUGCUCUUGAAGCAAAACUUAUGGGUACCUCCAAUGUUGAGAGGCUUAAUGAAGAACUAUCAACCUCUGAUUCUCGUUGUGGUUCCAGCAGCUUCUUUGAACUUGAAAACUUCUUGUAUAGCUUUCUAGAUGGGUCAACAAUCCAAGGAAUGGACAGAAUGAGGCUCAAACUUGAAACACCGGUUGGAAUUGCAGAUAGACUAAUUUCUUCUUGUGAAACUCUUCUGACACAAGACUAUCGAUAUGCCAAGCAGGAUUUAACUGCAUUGAAAGACAUUGUUAAUAGUGUAAAUGAUUUUGCUAUGAAUAUGGAUACUGAGAGCAUUUCUUGGAGGAGACAAACUCUGUCUUUGAUUGAAACUACAAAAUCACGUGUCGUAGAGCUUGUUGAAGCUAAUCUGCAAUUGUCAAAUUUUGAUAUUAUUGCUUCAUAUGCUUUCAAAGGAGAAAAAAGUUCAAUGCCUACUACCUCAAGGAUUCAGAAUGACAUAAUUGGUCCUGCUGUCUUAGCCAUCCAGAAAAUGCUUGAAGAAUACGAAAGCUGGUUAUAUUCCAAAUAUACCCAGCAAGGGAGAAUAUACAAGGAAUCUUUUGAAAAAAGAUGGCCCUCCCUGAGCCAUGAAAGUAGUUUGAUAAAUUCUGAGACAGACCGGUUGUUAAAGAAAGUGGAUCAAGCUGGCAGCCAGUUGAUUGGCAAUUUCAGCAGCAGUGCAGUUUCAAAGUCAUUUGAGCAAGAAGUACAGGAAAUGAUUAUUGGGACUUUUGGUCAACUAGGUGUGGCUGGUUUAUCUGCUUCACUACUGACAUCUGUACUGCAAACCACGUUGGAAGAUCUUCUUGCUCUUGGUAUUUGUUCAGUUGGCGGGUAUCUGGUUAUUUCAAAUUUCCCAGCUCGUAGGCAGAGGGUAAUAGAUAAGGUGAGAAGAAAAGCAGAUGCCUUGGCAUAUGAACUUGAAGAGGCCAUGAAAAAGGAUUUGAUUGAAGCCAUAGAAAAUUUGGAUACCUUUGUGGAAGUCCUUAGCAAACCUUACCAAGAUGAAGCGCAAAAUAGACUUAACAGGCUAGUAGGGAUUCAGGAUGAAUUAUCGAAUGUUGAGAAAAAACUUAGAACGCUACAAAUUGAGAUUCAAAAUCUUCAUGUCUCAUGACGUUGGUCUAUCCUAUUCCACUAUUGAAACAAAGCAAAUCCUUCCCUUCUAACACUCGUACCUUACCGUGUAUCUCAGCCUAACAAUUUUGAUGUAUAUUAUUGGCAAUGAGAUUAUGCUAGUGGAAAAUUGUCAACUUGGACUACGGUCCUCUCCCAUGUUUUGUUCAUAAUUUCUAUAGUAAAAACCAUCUGGAUUAAAUGGA